AUUGCCAAUUGCAGAAUACUCCGGCAUUGUCUAUACUGUCAUGUCUUUCUUUUAUUUCCCCUUCUGUUUUGUUUGAUAAAUAUCUCUCUCUGCUUUACAUUUUUCCAAAACAAUACAAAUUAAGAAAAAAAAAUUUAGAAUCAGCCCUUCUGCUUAUUACACAAAAUAGUAUCUGCAGCAGCACUGGUGUUCUGAGAGUGAUGGAGUUGGCCACUGCUUGUAUAGAAUCCGUCGUCCAUGAGCUUCAGUUGCUGGAGAAAAACCUCAGAUACGAUUUGGCUUAUAUACUCGGUGAAAACAAGCUCUCAGCUUUUACGACCCUCAAACUGAACUUAGCAUGUCUCAGAACAUUUCUUUGGGGUGCAAGAAAGUGGAGCAUCAACAUUGUGGACCUGGAUCUGGAACUUAAUGGGGAGAGUCUUCAAUCUUUCUUGUCUACCAUUGGAUGCACCCUCAAGACAUACCAGGAUGAUAUUCACUCUCUUUGCCUUCGACCACAAAGUGAAUACGUAGAUCAGGACAUAGACAUUUUCUCUUUUCUGGAUCGAUCAGGACGAGGUGAACAUAUAUCAGCUUGGGAACCUGUGGUGUUUGGUUUUCGAGCAAGGAUCAUGUCUUUUAAGCCUAGAAUCCUACAGACAUACAGGGCUUUGUUGAACCGCUGCUCAUCUCAGUCCAGAUGUUCUUGCUUGAGAGACGAGGAGCUUGUGGAAUUCAUAAAGUACCUUCGACAGGAUCUUGCGGGUCUUCGUCGUUCUUUAUUGUUCAACGCGAACCCUACCGAGCCCAAAUUCCGUUUGCAUGCACAAAUCGAGGCCCUCCAAGACGAGCUAAUAUUCUUGAAAAAUCUCAUUGGCUUUGCCAAAUUGGGAAGCGUUGAACUUGGUCUAUUGGAUGCUCUAUCGAAUCGCCUUGAAUAUGGGGCUCUCCAUGCAACAUUGAUCUCUUACGAGUGUUCAUUUUACAAUGAAGGUAAUGAGGGAAUACGAGUCACUGAUUGCUGCUCCAAAAUUGGUAGACUCCUCCGGGUCAUCAAACCUGUUAUAGUUAACUCUAGACUCCUUGAGAUGUAUAUCAAAGUCCUUAGUGCUUCAAGAACAUCAGCACGGUUACGUUCCAUGGAGAUGGGUAAGCAUACAAUGGGCGACUUCAAUGAUUCCCUCAUAAAUCGCCUCUGGGAGCCGCUGUGGAGCAGUACAAGCUUGAUGGGUCCUGUGAAACGUCAAAUGCAAAUACUGUACGAGGGACUCAGAUUCUUGAGAAGCAUUCUAAGGGAGCUGCCGGAGAAUGUCCUGGAUGAGCUCAAUCCAAACAUCGGAGAUGUGAUGAGUUGUGCAGGAAUUAUAAUCUGCGCCCUUUUUGCCAGCGAAGUGGAACAAAUUCCUUAUCCUCUUGAUGGCUACAUUAUGUUGGGUGAUACCAACAAAAAAAUCAAGCGUAUUAGGGACGAGACUGGCAGAUGGAGCAUGACAACGAGUCUUCCUUCUGAUAAUUGCUUGGCAGGGCAAGAAGUUUGCAACUCUUUCAGUAGUCCUAUGUCAUCAACAGGUAUGCGCCUGCUUCCUCCUAGUCCUAGGAUACCAGAAGUUCAUGAAGUUGUGAUUGGUUUUGAUGAUGAGGCACAAACAAUAAUUGGUCGACUUAUUACCAGUGAAUCAAGCCAGUUGGAAAUUGUUCCAAUUGUGGGAAUGCCUGGAUUGGGUAAGACGACUUUAGCCAAAAAAGUAUAUGGUGAUGCUGAAAUUGAGGGCCACUUUCACCUUCGUCUUUGGUGUACUGUUUCGCACGAAUACAACCAAAAAAGAUUGCUACUUGAGCUUUUGUGUUGUAACAGUGAAUACACUCAAGAACAGCUCCGAGAGAAGGAUGAGCAUGACUUGCUUACAAUGCUCUAUCAAAUGUUGAAGGGAAAAAAGUAUCUCCUUGUACUUGAUGAUGUUUGGGACAGCGGGCUAUGGAAUGACUUGAAUCUUGCCUUCCAGGAUGCUCCAAAGGGAAGUAAAAUUCUCAUCACAAGUCGAUUUUCUAACAUUACUGCACGUGUUAACCUGGGUGAACCUCACUAUCUUCGCUUGCUCACUGAGGAACAAAGUUGGCAGUUAUUGCAGAAGAAGGUGUUUGGAGAAGAAGAAUGUCCUCAAUCAGUACACGGAGCUGGUAUAGAAAUAGCAAGAUUCUGCGGGGGAUUACCUCUAACAGUUGUUAUCAUAGCUGGAUUUCUAGCAACUUUAGAACGUGACAGUUGGAUUUGGGAAGAAUUUGCAAGAAGAAUAACUUUGACCAUGGUGUGUGGCACAGACCCAUGCAAGGCGUCACUGGAGCUCAGUUAUGAAAAUUUGCCUCCUCGUUUGAAGGCUUGUUUUCUUUACUUUGCAGCAUUUCGAGAAGCAGAGAAAAUAGGCACUAAGAAUUUGGUGUGCCUAUGGAUUGCAGAAGGGCUUGUGGAAAGAAUCCAAGGCAGGAGAAUGGAGGACGUUGCAGGGGAGUACCUGAUGAGCCUUAUCGGCCGAAACUUAGUCACGGUAAGCGAAUGUAGAUCCAUUGGUGGAGUGAAAUCUUGUUGUCUUCAUGAUUUAUUACUUGAGUUUUGUAAGGCCAGAGCGAAAGAAGAGAAUUUUCUUCAUGCAUUUCGAGGAUACGGCGAGCUCUCAACUUUUAAUGAGCCUGCGGACAUAACUCGGGUGUCCAUUUGCACCACUGGCGAAGAUUUUUCAAAUUCCAGGCUGUUUUGUCCACGUUCAAGGAGUCUCCUAUUCUUUUAUCAGACUGCAGCAGAGGAUUUUCCAUUGGUUGAUAGCUCCUUCCUUUUUUGCAUUUAUAAACAUCUUAUAGUAUUGAAUUUGGAGCAUAUUGCCCUGAUGCAAAAGGAGUUUCCAAGUGGAGUUGAAUCACUUCUUGAAUUGAGGUACUUGGCCCUCAGAUCUAACAGCAUGGAGUUCAUUCCACAAUCUAUAGCCAACCUCUCAAAUUUGGAAACUUUUCGUCUCAAAUCUCAUGAAACCGUUUCAUUGCCAGAUACUAUCUGGAACAUGAAAAAGUUGAGGGUUCUUUGCGUAUGGAUUUGUGCUCGUCCCCUGCUGAAUGACGACGUCCUUAAAAGCUCCUCCACUUUACCUAAUUUAGACUUUCUUUCCACUCUGAUUCUUCCUUUAAGUCAAGCAGGAGAAAACAUUAUUAGGAAGAUUCCGCACGUCCGCCGACUGAAAAUUUUGGUCUCAGAUAAUGAAGGAGCAUGGGAAGCUACUGGCAGCUGCAACUUGAGUCAACUGGAAAGUCUAGAAUCACUCACAGUGAUGGGUGGUUUCAUGGUUCCAGGGGAUCAUAAUAUCGAGUAUUUUUUUCCCUCAGCUCUCAAAAAAUUGUCCCUUAGUGAAUUGGGACUGCCCUGGAGUAAAAUUUCAUUGAUUGAACAACUUCCCAAUCUUGAGGUCCUCAAACUACUCGUUUGUUCAUUCCGGGGAGAUACAUGGGAGCUGGCCGAAGGAGGAUUCCCAAAACUUAAGGUCUUAACAUUGUCCCAAGUAGACGUUGUGAUGUGGACAGAGGCAGACCCUGACAGUGAUGAUCAUUUUCCAUGUCUUGAGCGGUUAAACCUGGAAGGAAAUUUAAGAUUGGAAAAGGUCCCUUCUUGCUUAGGGAGUUUAUCCACCCUUAAAAUGGUCAAGGUGCGCUUUUGGGGGGAGGAGAGCAACUACGACAACGCUGUUGACAACUACUCAGUUGUCAAUUUAGUUCGGGGAAUUGAAAAAGAGCAGAUUAACAACGGAAUUGAGAAUCUGAAGAUCCUCAUCCGUUAUGUCCUGCCAAGAUAUUGAAGGUCAUCAGCUGGAGGGAUAUACAUGACUUAAGAGGGUUUUCUUGCGCGUAAAUGUGGCCUGCAUUUCUUUUGUUGCUUAGAGUGGAUGAUGGAGGUAAAAGCCGGAAGGGUGGUGACUCUUUCCUUUUCAAGAAGGUCGGAACAAUCAAGGGAGCUCUCUACUCAGUCCACCUUGGAGUCAAGUCACCCGUUCUGCCCUCUGCAAAAACAGCAUACAAAUGUUUAAAAAUGUUCCUAUGAGUAAAUAUUUUUGGCUGUUGGCAUGGAAGAAGUGUUAGUGUAUUGAAGAAGCAAAAUUUUCCAUCUGUAUUUUGUGUUGCUCAAUUUAGUGAUUGUUGUGUGCCUUUUCUUCUGUCAAUCUAUAGUCAAUUUGCCCUAUUGAUGUAUAUAUAGGGUAAAUCACCUUUGAUCUCCUGUGAUUUGAUACUAUAUCACACAUGAUUCCUGUAUGCUUUAAAAAUUUAUACACAACUCUCUCAUAAUUUGAAUUA